AUGGACGUGGAACACGGAUUCUAUCGGCAGGUGGAUGUCCAUGAUCACGUGCACUACAUCGUUGCCUUCUUCGUUCUGGUGAUUGGAACAGUGGGGGUUACCGGGAACGCCUUGGUCAUGUACGCCUUUUUCUGCAACAAGAAACUACGGACGCCCCCCAACUUCUUCAUCAUGAACUUGGCAGUCAGUGACUUUCUCAUGGCGAUUACACAGUCACCCAUCUUCUUUGUGAACUCCCUUUAUAAGGGUUGGAUUUUCGGUGAAACAGGCUGUAAAAUCUAUGCAUUCUGUGGGGCUUUGUUUGGAAUCACAUCAAUGAUAAACCUUCUGGCCAUCUCGGUAGACCGUUAUAUUGUCAUCACCAAGCCCCUGCACGCCAUACGAUGGACCUCCACCAGACGCACUUGCCUCAUCAUGGCCUUGGUCUGGAUGUAUUCACUGGCCUGGAGUCUUGCGCCGCUUUUGGGCUGGAGUUCAUAUAUACCAGAGGGCCUGAUGACUUCAUGCACAUGGGACUACGUGACAUCCACUCCAGCCAAUAAAAGUUACACUUUGAUGUUGUGCUGCUUCGUGUUCUUCAUCCCUCUGGGCAUUAUAUCCUAUUGUUAUUUGUGCAUGUUCCUGGCAAUUCGACAGGCGAGCAGGGAUGUGGAGAAGUUGGGUUCUCAGGUGAGGAAGUCGACCCUGAUCCAGCAGCAGUCCAUCAAGACUGAAUGGAAGCUGGCCAAGAUCGCGUUUGUGGUCAUCAUAGUGUUCGUGCUUUCCUGGUCGCCCUAUGCAUGUGUCACCCUCAUCGCCUGGGCUGGAUAUGGAAGCAUACUCAAUCCCUACUCCAAAGCCGUCCCCGCUGUUAUCGCCAAGGCAUCGGCCAUCUACAACCCUUUCAUCUACGCCAUCAUUCACUCCAAAUACAGGGACACCCUGGCAGAAAAGGUCCCCUGUCUACAUUUCCUCGCCCAGGCCCCCAGGAGGGACUGCAUAUCAGUGUCACACAGCGAGUCCUCCCUCAGGGACUCAAUGCUGAGCAGACAGUCAUCAGUCUCCAAAACCAAGUUCCACAGAGUCUCCUCCAUGUCCACAACAGACACACAGGUUUGGAGUGAUGUGGAGUUGGAUCCUAUUGACCAGAGCUUAAGGUCCAGCUAUUCCCUUGCAGCUCUGGGGGACAAAGAGUACCAGUCACUGACCAAACAGACCAAGGAAAUGAGAAGCCAAAGUGAGGAACAGGUAAGAGCAAGGUUCAGUGAACAGCUGUGACCACAAUAUAUGGCCUGAGUCUGUCAACAAAAUAAUGCCCUUGGCCUCGGGAAGGAAAGGGGAGGACAAUCUUGAGAGCUGGAAUA